UCUCAGAGAAUAGAUUUUACUGAAGUCUUAUGUUACUUUCAAGAACAAAUAUCUUUUUUAAAACAAAAGCUGUUUUCUAAUAUAAUCUUUUUUGUCUUUCCCUUUAUAGCUAAACCAGGUGGACGGGUGAAGUGUCAGUAUAUUUCUGCUGUGGACAAGGUGAUCUUUGUGGACGAUUAUGCAGUAGGAUGUAGAAAAGAUCUCAACGGCAUCUUAUUGUUAGACACAGCUCUGCAAACACCUGUUUCAAAACAAGAUGAUGUGGUUCAGCUUGAAUUGCCUGUUACAGAGGCUCAGCAGCUGUUAUCUGCUUGCAUAGAAAAAGUAGAUGUUUCCAGCACAGAGGGAUACGACUUAUUCAUCACACAACUGAAGGAUGGUUUAAAAAAUACCUCACAUGAAACAGCAGCAAAUCAUAAAGUUGCAAAGUGGGCAACGGUUACGUUCCACCUUCCUCAUCAUGUUUUGAAGUCUGUCGCCAGCGCCAUUGUAAAUGAACUCAAGAAGAUAAAUCAAAAUAUUGCUGCCUUACCUGUAGCAUCCUCUGUGAUGGAUAGGUUAUCUUACCUCUUACCCAGCGCGCGACCAGAACUUGGUGUGGGACCUGGUCGAUCUGUGGACAGGUCUUUGAUGUAUAGUGAAGCUAACAGAAGGGAGACAUUCACUUCAUGGCCUCAUGUGGGUUAUAGGUGGGCACAACCAGAUCCUAUGGCUCAAGCUGGAUUCUACCACCAGCCUGCUUCAUCAGGAGAUGACAGAGCCAUGUGCUUUACCUGUAGUGUAUGUUUGGUAUGCUGGGAGCCUACAGAUGAACCUUGGUCUGAACAUGAGAGACAUUCCCCAAACUGCCCGUUUGUCAAGGGUGAGCACACUCAGAAUGUACCUCUUUCAGUCACACUGGCAACAAGUCCAGCACAAUUUCCCUGCACAGAUGGCACUGACAGAAUAGCCUGCUUUGGAUCUGGAAGUUGCCCUCAUUUUCUAGCUGCUGCAACAAAGCGAGGAAAGAUCUGCAUAUGGGAUGUUUCCAAACUUAUGAAGGUCCACUUGAAAUUUGAGAUCAAUGCAUAUGAUCCAGCUAUUGUGCAACAACUUAUGUUAUCGGGAGAACAGAGCUCAGGGGUUGACUCAAGGAGACCAACGCUAGCGUGGCUAGAAGACUCAUCUAGCUGCUCAGAUAUACCAAAAUUAGAAGGAGACAGUGAUGACCUACUGGAUGAUUCGGACAGUGAAGAGCAUUCCAGAUCAGAAUCUGUAACAGGGCAUACAUCACAAAAAGAAACGAUGGAAGUCAACCUUGAUAUUACAGCUCUCAGCAUUCUCCAGCAGCCUGAGAAACUUCAGUGGGAAAUUGUUGCAAAUGUUCUAGAAGACACAGUUAAGGAUCUAGAAGAACUUGGGGCAAACCCCUGUUUGGCCAACUGUAAGAGUGAAAAGAUGAAGGAAAAACAUGUCGAACAACACAACAUUCCCUUUCCUUGUUUAUUAGCUGGAGGUCUAUUAACAUACAAAUCACCUGCUACCUCUCCUGUUAGCAGUAACUCUCAGCGGUCACUGGAUGGCUUAAGCAGGACUCGAGGUGAGAGUGUCUCAGAACAGGGAUCAACUGACAAUGAAUCCUGCACUAUUUCAGAACUGAAUUCCCCUCUGGUAAGGAGGACUUUACCUGUAUUGCUGCUAUACAGCAUUAAGGAGUCUGAUGAAAGAGGAAAACUUUUUUCACAGGUGAACUUUAUAAGUAAAAGUAUACAUGAAGAUGGUUUCACAGUUCCACAGAUCAUUGAAAUGGAGCUGGACAGUCAAGAACAGUUGCUGUUACAGGAUCCCCCUGUGACUUAUAUUCAGCAGUUCGCAGAUGCUGCAGCCAACCUAACUUCUCCGGACUCGGACAAGUGGAGCUCCAUGGUUCCCAAGCCUGGGACGUUGGUUCAGUGCCUGCGUCUGCCAAAGUUUGCAGAGGAGGAGAACCUGUGUGUAGAUUCAAUCACUCCUUGUGCAGAUGGAGUUCAUUUAUUAGUAGGACUUCGGACUUGUCCUGUCGAAUCUCUGAGUGCAAUAAAUCAAGUAGAGGCCUUGAAUAAUUUAAAUAAAUUAAACUCAGCACUAUGUAAUAGAAGGAAGGGUGAAAUAGAAUCAAGUCUUGCUGUAGUGAAUGGCACAAGUAUUGAUGUAAUCCAACAUGAGCCACCAGCAGAUGUAACAACUCCUUUAAUAAUUCAGCCUGAACAGAGAAGUGUUAGUGGUGGAUACCUAGUGCUUUAUAAAAUGAAUUAUGCCACUAGAAUAGUUACUUUAGAGGAGGAACCGGUAAAAAUCCAGCAUAUCAAAGACCCCCAAGACACAAUUACCUCAAUGAUUUUACUCCCACCAGAUAUAUUGGAUAAUCGAGAGGAUGACUGUGAAGAACCUGUAGAGGAAAUACAAUUAACUUCUAAAAAUGGCAGUGGGAGAGAGAGAAGAUCUGAGAUCUCUACUCUUGGGCACCUGGUAAUAACUACUCAGGGAGGAUAUGUGAAAAUACUAGAUCUUUCGAACUUUGAAAUUCUGGCCAAAGUGGAGCCACCUAAAAAAGAGGGCACUGAGGAACCAGAUAUGUUUGUCUCGGUGAUAUACUGUUCGGGCACAGACAGAUUAUGUGCAUGCACGAAAGGUGGAGAACUUCAUUUCCUUCAGAUUGGAGGAACGUGUGAUGACAUAGAUGAAACUGAUAUACUUGUAGAUGGAUCCCUUUCUAAAAGUGUAGAGCAGUCGUCAGAAGGCAUCAAGCCAUUAUCUAACCCUUCUAGUCCAGGCAUUACAGGAGUUGAUCUUUUGGUGGACCAGCCAUUUUCCCUUGAAACACUGACAUCUCUGGUAGAACUGACUCGUUUUGAGACCUUGACACCACGAUUUUCAGCCACUGUCCCUCCCUGUUGGGUUGAAGUCCAGCAAGAGCAGCAGCAAAGGAGGCAUCCUCAGCAUUUGCACCAGCAGCACCAUGGAGAUGCAGCUCAGCACACUCGAACUUGGAAGCUACAGACAGACAGCAACAGCUGGGAUGAACAUGUCUUUGAGCUGGUUCUUCCAAAAGCUUGUAUGGUUGGACAUGUGGACUUCAAAUUUGUUUUAAACUCAAACAUCACGAACAUUCCCCAGAUUCAAGUGACUUUACUGAAAAAUAAAGCUCCAGGCUUAGGAAAAGUCAAUGAAGCAGCAGUAGAUAGACAGAUCACAUUUCCUCUAUCUCCAGCUCAUAAUGUUGAAACAGAGAGAAAUGGAAAGCCAGGACUGGUUGAAUUCAGUGAAGAAAUGCAGUAUAUGGAUGUAGAGGAACCACAGUGUCUUAGGUUGUGUCCAUUUUUGGAGGAACAUAAGGAGGAUAUACUCUGUGGUCCAGUAUGGUUGGCUACUGGACUUGAUCUGUCAGGACACGCUGGAAUGUUGACACUAACAAGUCCAAAGCUUGUUAAAGGCAUGGCCGGUGGCAAGUACCGUUCAUUUUUAAUUCAUGUUAAAGCAGUGAAUGACAGAGGAACAGAAGAAAUCUGCAAUGGUGGCAUUAGGCCAGUUGUUAGAAUACCAUCUCUAAAACCACAGACUAACAAGGGCCAUUCCCUUGCUUCAUUAUUGGCAAAAGUUGCAGCAGGCAAGGAAAAACCGUCUAGCAAAAUUGAAGCCGGUAACUCUUCAAGAAAAUCUGAUAAUCUUAGAGGUUGUGACUUACUUCAAGAAGUCUCUGUAACAAUUCGAAGAUUUAAAAAAACUUCAGUUUCGAAGGAAAGAGUUCAGCGGUGUGCCAUGUUACAGUUUUCAGAGUUCCAUGAGAAGCUGCUCACUACUCUUUGCAAAAAGACAGAUGAUGAUCUGACUACCGAACAUGCUCAGAGUCUUGUGCUAGAUACACUUUGUUGGCUAGCAGGAGUGUAUUCAAAUGGACCUGGCAGCUCAAAGGAAGGAAGCGACAGCUUGCUUUCCAAAACACGCAGAUGUGUCUCUGAUAUAAUACGUGUUUGUUUCUUUGAAGCUGGACGGAGCAUAGCUCACAAAUGUGCACGGUUUCUUGCACUGUGCAUCAGCAAUGGCAGGUGUGACCCAAGUCAGCAGGGUUUUGGAUCAGUUCUCCUAAAAGCUUUACUUGACAAUAUGCCUCUUCUACCUGCUGCUGCAACAGGUGGAUCGGUGUAUUGGUAUUUUGUACUGCUGAAUUAUGUAAAGGAUGAAGAUUUGGCAGGAUGUAGUACAGCUUGUGCAUCACUGUUAACGGCUGUGUCCCGACAGCUGCAGGAUCGCCUGACACCUAUGGAAGCAUUACUACAAACAAGAUAUGGAUUAUAUAGUUCACCUUUUGAUCCAGUUCUCUUUGAUUUGGAAAUAAGUGGCUCCUCUUGUAGAAAUGUAUACAACAGCAGCAUUGGUGUUCAAUCCGAUGAAAUCGAUUUGUCUGAUGUUCUGUCAGGAAAUGGGAAAAUAAGCAGCUGUGCAGCUGCUGAAGGAAGUUUUACCUCUCUUACUGGGCUUUUGGAAGUUGAACCUCUGCACUUUACGUGUGUUUCAACAAGUGAUGGAACUAGAAUAGAAAGGGACGAUGCAAUGAGUACCUUUGGGGUUACCCCAGCAGUUGGUGGUCUCUCAUCUGGAACGGUUGGGGAAGCCUCGACAGCACUGAGUUCAGCAGCCCAGGUAGCUUUGCAGUCUCUUUCUCAUGCAAUGGCCUCAGCCGAGCAACAGCUCCAGGUGCUGCAAGAGAAACAGCAGCAGCUUUUGAAGCUUCAGCAACAGAAAGCUAAGCUGGAAGCAAAACUACAUCAGACAACAGCAGCAGCAGCAGCAGCAGCAGCAUCAGCAGUUGGUCCCGUUCACAACUCUGUGCCUUCUAAUCCAGUAGCAGCCCCAGGCUUCUUCAUUCAUCCUUCAGAUGUAAUUCCACCCACACCAAAAACAACUCCUCUGUUCAUGACUCCUCCUUUGACUCCACCUAAUGAGGCAGUUUCUGCUGUUAUCAGUGCAGAGCUUGCUCAGCUUUUCCCUGGUUCAGUCAUUGAUCCCCCAACAGUUAACCUUGCUGCACAUAACAAAAAUGCAAGCAAAUCUAGAACGAAUCCACUUGGAUCUGGUCUUGCUCUUGCAUUAUCUCAUGCUUCACAUUUUCUUCAACCUCCACCUCAUCAAUCAAUUAUUAUAGAGCGAAUGCACUCAGGAGCAAGAAGAUUUGUGACCUUAGAUUUUGGAAGGCCUAUAUUGCUGACAGAUGUAUUGAUACCCACUUGUGGAGAUUUGGCUUCUUUGUCAAUUGACAUCUGGACCUUAGGAGAAGAAGUAGAUGGAAGGCGAUUGGUAGUGGCUACUGAUAUUAGCACACACUCACUGAUUUUACAUGACUUGUUGCCACCACCAGUUUGCAGAUUUAUGAAGAUCACUGUUAUUGGUCGAUAUGGUAGUACAAAUGCCAGAGCAAAAAUUCCAUUAGGAUUUUAUUAUGGCCAUACAUAUAUCUUGCCUUUUGAAAAUGAGCUGAAAUUAAUGCAUGAUCCCCUCAGAGGAGAAGGUGAAGCUGCAAAUCAGCCAGAAAUUGACCAACAUUUAGCAAUGAUGGUUGCGUUGCAAGAGGACAUACAAUGCAGGUACAAUUUGGCCUGUCAUCGGCUAGAAAUCCUUCUGCAGAGCAUUGACCUACCACCACUCAAUAGUGCUAACAACGCCCAGUAUUUCUUACGAAAGCCAGACAAGGCAGUAGAAGAAGAUAGCAGAGUAUUUUCUGCUUACCAGGACUGCAUUCAACUACAGCUUCAACUCAAUUUGGCUCACCAUGCUGUUCAGAGGCUCAAAGUAGCUUUAGGUGCAAGCAGGAAAACACUGAAGGAACAAUCGGAUCCAAAAGAGUUGAUUCAGAUGUCAUCAACAGAACAGUUGCGCACUAUCAUUAGAUAUUUGCUGGAUACUUUGCUUAGUUUGCUUCAUUCUUCCAAUGGACAUUCUGUUCCUGUGGUUCUACAAAGUACUUUUCACGCUCAAGCUUGUGAAGAAUUGUUUAAACACCUGUGUAUCAGUGGGACUCCAAAAAUCCGACUGCAUACUGGUCUUCUGCUUGUUCAGCUGUGUGGAGGAGAAAGGUGGUGGGGUCAGUUUCUCUCAAAUGUACUGCAGGAAUUAUACAAUUCAGAGCAACUUCUCAUAUUCCCACAAGACAGGGUCUUCAUGUUACUUUCUUGCAUUGGACAAAGAUCGCUUAGCAACAGUGGUGUUUUAGAAAGUUUACUUAAUCUCCUGGAUAACCUUUUGUCACCACUGCAACCUCAUUUACCUGUGCACAGAAGAACUGAAGGAGUGUUAGAUAUUCCCAUGAUCAGUUGGGUUGUAAUGCUGGUAUCCAGACUACUGGAUUAUGUAGCUACUGUUGAAGAUGAAGCAGCCACAGCCAAGAAACCUCUGAAUGGAAAAGAGAGGGAACGUUUUUUGACAGGAAACCAAUGGAGUUUUAUAAAUAAUAGCCUUCAUACCCAGAGUUUGAACAGAUCUACUAAAGGCAACAGUAGCCUAGAUAGACUGUAUUCCCGAAAGAUCAGAAAACAGCUUGUUCAUCAUAAACAGCAACUUAACUUAUUAAAAGCAAAGCAGAAGGCUUUGGUGGAACAGAUGGAAAAAGAGAAAAUACAAAGCAACAAAGGAUCAUCAUACAAACUUUUAGUAGAACAGGCAAAACUAAAGCAGGCUACUUCCAAGCACUUCAAGGAUUUAAUACGUUUGCGUCGAACUGCAGAAUGGCCUCGUUCUACUUUGGAUACAGAAGUAUCAACUACAAAGGAAACUCCAGAAAUUGAGCCACUUCCCUUUACACUGGCACAUGAACGUUGUAUUUCUGUAGUACAGAAGCUGGCACUCUUCCUUUUGUCUAUGGACUUUACUUGUCAUGCAGAUUUACUUCUGUUUGUUUGUAAGGUUCUUGCUAGAAUUGCAAAUGCUACAAGACCAACAAUUCAUUUAUGUGAGAUUGUAAAUGAAACUCAGUUGGAAAGAUUGCUGCUCCUUCUUGUUGGAACUGACUUUAAUAGAGGAGACAUCUCUUGGGGAGGAGCAUGGGCUCAGUAUUCUCUGACUUGUAUGCUGCAAGAUAUUCUAGCAGGAGAACUGCUGGCACCUAUAGCAGCUGAAGCUAUGGAAGAAGGUGCUUUGGGAGAAGAUGCUGGUGCUUCAGCUGGGGAUUCUGAUGACUCUCUUCAGCCAUCCACAGUUCAAUUAGUGGAAACAAUAGAUGAGCCUUUGACACACGACAUCACAGGUGCUCCACCCCUGUCAUCUUUGGAAAAAGAUAAAGACAUUGACCUUGAAUUGCUGCAAGACCUGAUGGAGGUUGAUAUUGAUCCUUUGGAUAUUGAUUUGGAAAAAGAUCCUCUUGCAGCAAAAGUUUUCAAGCCUAUAAGCAGCACGUGGUAUGAUUACUGGGGUGCUGAUUAUGGUACCUACAAUUACAAUCCUUACAUUGGAGGCGUUGGAAUUCCAGUUGCAAAACCACCAGUAGCUACAGAGAAAAAUGGAUCACAGACUGUGAGUGUGUCAGUUUCUCAAGCAUUAGAUGCACGUCUAGAAGUUGGACUUGAACAGCAGGCUGAAUUGAUGCUGAAAAUGAUGUCCACUCUGGAGGCUGAUUCCAUUCUACAAGCACUGACAAACACAUCUCCUACAUUAACCCAGUCUCCUACUGGAACAGAUGAUUCAUUGCUAAGGGGAUUGCAUGCUAACCAAAACGCCCAGCUGAUUGUACAGUUGUCAUCUAUACCUAUGCUGAGCGCAUGCUUCAACAAACUCUUUUCGAUGCUACAAGUCCACCAUGUUCAGCUUGAAUCCCUUUUACAGUUAUGGCUCACAUUAAGCCUGAAUUCUAGCUCCUCUGGAAGUAAAGACAGUGGCGCUGAUAUUUUCCUUUAUAAUGCUAAUCGAAUACCUGUAAUUUCCUUGAAUCAAGCUUCAGUAACUAGUUUCCUGUCAGUUCUGGCAUGGUAUCCUAACACCUUACUCCGAACAUGGUGCCUUGUGCUUCAUAGCCUAACUCUCAUGACAAAUAUGCAGCUUAAUGGUAAGUUGUGGAGUGUUUUGUCACCAUUUUUUACAGUGUACAAGUGUUGAUUUAGAUCUUAAAUGUUACCAAAAUAUUCCCUUUAUCGUAGAAGUACUUUUAUUUUCCAACGAAGAGGCUAUGGAGAGUGAGCUCUGUUGAGUGCUUGUACCUUGAAAUCAGUGUUAAUU